AGUUACACACCGACCUUUACAAUGUUGAGAGCGUUUGCCUUUACUGUCCUGCUUACAGCUUUGACCUUGUCUCAAGGACAUGGGGAUGAUUACCUGAGAUUUCCAGAUCCCGGAAACAUUCCGAGAUACAACCAACGACCCUGUGGUCCCCGAGUCUGUGGCAAAAGUGGACAUUGUUAUCGCAGCUUUGAGAGCAUUUGUGACUUUAACGACUACAACCUGAAGAUGAUAUUCAGUGGACAAGAGUUAUUCGAAUUGACAGAACCGAUUUAUUGCCAACCGUCGCCUCCACGGACGAAGCUUGUUGAUGUUGGCUACUAUUUCAAUCACCGGAGCUUGUUAGUGGCUCAAUCGCAGCCUUCGGCCUAUUCAUCGCCUAUUCCAAGACCCAGUUUUACCCAAAAUCCGAAAAAUAUUGAACAUUACGACGCAUAUCCGUCAUCAGAUUCUUAUGGGCCAGUUCAAGACUAUGAACUUCCUUAUCCGGUAUGGGCAUUUAAACGGCCCCAAGCACCACCUAGAAGUCCCCCCGUCAGUUAUAGACCUCCUUAUUGGUACUAUCCAACAAGACGGCCCGAAAUAACAAAGCCAUGUUACGGAAGAACUACGACCGCCACAAAAGCUCCUGUCACCACUACCACAACAACGGAGGCAUCUACAACGACGACUACAAUUGAACCAUCAACAUCAACAAAUGCGGCAUUUACAACAACAACAAGCACUGAAGCUUCCACAACAACAACUACGGAAGGAACAACAACAUCUACAGAGCAAACAACAACUACUAAAACUACAUCACCAUCAACAUCUACAGAAAUAUUAACAACAACCACCGAACUCACGACAUCAACAGAACCAGCAAGAACAACUGAAUCUACAACAACCACAAUUGCAGAUUCAGCUAGCACAAUCACUGAACAAUCUAAUACUACAGAGCCAACAACAACCGCAGAGCCCACAACAACCACAGAGCCCACAACAACCACAGAACCAACAACAACCACAGAGAACACAACAACGACAGAACCAACAACAACCACAGAGCCCACAACAACCACAGAACCAACAACAACCACAGAGAACACAACAACAACAGAACCAACAACAACCACAGAGCCCACAACAACCACAGAACCAACAACAACCACAGAGUCUACUACAACCACAGAACGUGUUACAAAUACAGAUCUAACGACAACAACGACCCUCUUAACAACAACAAAAUCACAAACAUCAACGGACCCAUCAACAACAAGUUCUACAACCGAACCUUCAACGACAACCAACAGAAGUUCCUCAUCUACAACAACAACGACCGUAACAACAGAACCUUCAACGACCACGACGGUUUCUUCCACAACAACUACAAAAGAUCCAACAACAACAGAAUCUUCUACGACAACUACGACCGUUCCCACCACUCUUGCCGAAUCGUCUACAGUAACAACAACCCUGAUUUCGAAAACAACGACUUCGGAACCUUCCACAACAUCUUCAACAGAUUCUUCCACAACCACAUUAACUACAGAUGCCCCAUCAACGACAACAUUAUCCACUGAAACAUCUACAACAAUUAACCCGGCUGCUGUCAAACCUGUAACUGUUGAGGUCACCAACGAGGACGGACAAAUAGUAGAUUUCGAAUUGGCAGCCAUGGCUGUGAAUCCGGAAACAGGGGAACCAAAUUGUGCAGAGGUUACCAAUGUCCUGAUAACCACAGGUUCAAGGAUUGUAUUCCAAUUCUCUGGUUGUAUUGUGGCCAGGGUUGCCAGCAGAACUAUCAUUGAACCAACAACAACGUCCAGCACCACCGUAGCAACCACAACCCAGAACACUCCCCACUAUCAGUGGUAUGGCGGUUCAGCGGCUUACGCACAGUCCCAUUUUCUAUAUACUUAUUAGUUUGACAUAUGGAAAUAUAUAUAUAGGAAAAAAUAAAGAGAUUUUGAUACUUUUAGAAACCCGAUACCAUUUUAUAUAAAUAUGUUUUUAUUAAGAACUCAAUAAAUGCC